GCCUAACUCCAUUUAUACUUAAAUAAUCAAGAUAUAUUUACUAUUGAUAAUGUCGGAAAGUAGUGAUGAAGAAAUUAUUUCACCCAUGGGGAAGAACAGAACAAGACUAUUAUUUAGUUCAGAUAGUGAAGAAGAAAUAGGGAUGAAGAUAUGAAUAACAAUAGAGAAAAAAUUGAUGAAUCAUACAUCCAAAAAGUGCGAAAGAUUAAACGGAAUUCAGGAAAAAGAUAUUGUACUCAAACCGGAAAUAUUGUACCGGAAAAAAUUUUCGAAAACAAAGAUUGCCGUUGUCGGAAUGCAUGCACAAAAAAUUACGAUGAAAAAGAAAGAAAGAAUAUUUUUGAGAAGUUUUGGGGUUUGGGAAAUUUUAACAAACAAAAUGUAUUGCUUUACGAAGCUGUCGAGCGCAAAAUUGUGGAACGAAGACGUCCAACAAACGGAAAAGAUACUUUUAAAAUAAGUGAAGGACGCUUAAAACGAGUAUUAAACUCUGCAAAUGUAGGCAAUGAUUUACGUGGGAUGAUGGUUGGAUCAUCAAGAAAAUUAUCUGAGGAAAGAAAAAAGCAUGUUCAAAACUAUAUUAAUAGUUUUCCUAAAUUUGAAUCCCAUUAUACUAGAUCUCAUAAUCCUAAUAGAAGAUAUCUACAUCCUGAUCUAACUCUUAGGAAAAUGUUUAAUUUAUACGAGCUUUAUUGCGAGGAAAAUAAAAUAAAAGCCGUUAAUGAGUGGACUUACAGAAAAAUAUUUAAAAAAGAUUUUGAUUUACAUUUCCACCAACCGCGCAAAGAUACAUGUCAAAAAUGCGACUUAUUAAACAUCAAAAUUAAAGCAUCGAAUGAUGAUGAAGAAAAGAAUAAACUUACAGAAGAACACGAUGUCCAUUUAAGACUAGCAGAAUCAGCUAGGAAUUCACUGAAACAAGAUCAGGAGCAAGUAUUACGUAAUUCAGAUUAUUAUUUUGCUUUCUCGUUCGACUUGCAAAAAGCAUUACCGUAUCCCAAGUUGACUACCUCAGUAGCAUAUUACAAACGCAAUAUAGGUGCUCAAGAAAUUGUUUCAUGCAUCCUAAAACAUGUUAAAAAUUUAAAAAGUGAAAGACACAUUAUAGCUUACAGUGACAUGUGCACCGGGCAAAAUAGAAACAUUAAAAUAGCUUUAAUGUGGUUAAAAAUUGUCCAAUCUUUGGAAAAUAAUGUGGAAAUCAUAGAUCACAAAUUUUUAAUAUCAGGACAUUCGUUUUUACCAAAUGAUAGAGAUUUUGGCGUGGUAGAAAUGUCAUUAAAAAAAAAUAAUUUAUUGUUCGUUCCCCAAGAUUAUUACAAGAUUAUGAAAAAGUGUCGGAAAGUCCUGAAUUUAUUACCACGUCGGGGUAGACCAAGAAAGGUCGAAAAUAUUGUAUUGACACCACUGUAUAAAAAUAUCAGACAAAUUACAACAGUAAAAUUCAAGGACAUAAUGGACCUAUUACGAUAUAUACCACCGGAACAUCAUGAUUACUUCAAAUCCCUUUCACACGCACAAAAUGUAGAUGAGUAG